UAAAUAAGAACAAAAAACUUAAGUUAGUUAUAUUCUUCUUAUGCAAAGAUGAAUCAAGGAGGGCUUAUUAUGAAUACUGGAGAAUGCUCCAUGUCUUGCUGCUCGGAGACGAACUCUAAUUCCACAAUCUACACUAACUCCAUGGCGGCCGCGACGAGAUCAUCGGGCGACGACAUUUCACUCUCUCUUCUUUUCAAUCUCUCUACCAUACAAGACAAAGUCCAUGAGAUCCAAUCUCUGGUCAACUUUUUCUUGAUCUCCCCUAGUAAGAAUAACCAAUCCUCGGAGUCAACUUCGUCUUUAGCCGCGGCUAACGUCGAAAGUUUGGUUCAAGACAUCAUCACGGCUGCUUCUUCAAUGAUGCUCACUUGCCAAAACCUCCAAAUCUCAACUAGCGACAACAACAACAUCGAUACAAGUCAAACCACAGAUGGAAUGUUCAUGGAGUUCUCCCAGAACUUCGACCCGGAUCAUGAUUUCGUCCAAGAGUCUUCGACCAACCUUCUUGGUGUCCGAGACUUCGACCCGGAUCAUGAUUUCCUCCAAGAAUCGUCGUCGAACCUUCUUGGUAUCCAGGAAAGAGAGCAUGUUUCGCUUAUAGACCAGAGUACGCAGAGUCUUGACUGGCACAGCAUCCAAACCACAAACCCUAAAACAGAUCACCGUCGUUUUAAAUCAAGAACCGGGAGCUAUGAGAUAGUGGAGCUAAGCGUGGAGGAUCUGCUAGCGAAAUACACACAUUACUGCCAAAUCUGCGGGAAAGGGUUUAAGAGAGACGCGAAUCUAAGGAUGCAUAUGAGAGCGCACGGAGACGAGUACAAGACACGCGAAGCAUUGAUUAAUCCAACAAGCCGUGACAAGAAUGUCGAAUACUCGUCACUCACGAGGCAUUACUAUUCGUGCCCUCAACAUGGAUGUAGGUGGAACCAAAGGCACGAUAAGUUUCAGCCGUUGAAAUCUGUGAUUUGCGCCAAGAAUCAUUACAAGAGAAGUCAUUGUCCGAAAAUAUAUAUGUGCAGAAGAUGCAACGUGAAGCAUUUCUCGGUUCUGUCUGAUCUAAGGACGCACGAGAAGCAUUGUGGGGAUAUCAAGUGGGUUUGCUCUUGUGGAACUAGGUUUUCUAGGAAAGACAAGCUUACGAGCCAUGUUUCUUUGUUCUCGGGUCACUCACCGGCCCAUGAGCCGCUGCCGCAGCCUCCGAUGAUCUCCCUCUAAAGUAUUACCACGGCAGAUUAAGUUCUAAUUAGACGUCUCUCAAAUAACUUGUGCAUUAACAUCAAUGUUGCAAAAGAUUUUUGUCGUGAUUGGUGAAAUGCAAUGUUGAAUUAGCUUUUUAUUUA